AUGUUCAUCUUCCGACAUGGCGGCCGACGUGCGGCUCAGCUGGCAACACAACCGAUCAUCCGAACGCAGCGAAGAUAUGCAUCGAAGAUCGAAAUUCCCUUCACGCCUCCUCCAGUACCCGUCAUCGAGUCGUGCCCCGUGCCGACAUGCCAAUGCCGAGAAACACCGGCAGGACUGGAUAUCGAGCGCGAGUCGAACAUCAAUGGCUCUAUGGCAGCAUACGGCGAGCAGGUGCUUAUCAGUACCGGGAGAGACGACUGGAAGAGCAAGAUAGAAGAAGAGGAAGAUGCAGUGUUGGUACGCCAGCUGAAGAAGUUUCUGUUGAGGAAUGGCAAAUAUGCAGAUGUUCGUGGACUAUACCAAUUCGAUGUUGGAUGUAUCGUAGAGACUGAUGGUAUAUUUCUAGCCAUACCACAACGUGAUGAUCACAAAUUCUUCCUUCAAGCCCUCGAGUUCACCACAUACGCAGAACCAGAGAGCAACGCAACCCACUUCCACACCACGCUCAGAUCCUGUGGCCAAACCGGGCAAGGACCCAGAGAUUGUUCCGCAAUCGACACCGGGCGGUCCACCAGCUUCGGCUUUCCUCUUGCCUUCUUUUCAAUACAUCCCAACUAUACCGACAGAAGAUACGGCAGUCGAAGCGUUCAUAAAGGGAUUUAUCCUCCCACACAAGCUCCACAACCAGCACGAGCGCCUAUCACGAGCAGAGAAGAACAUUCUCCUUCGCGAGCCGGAGAACCAACGACAAUUCGUCGGGGCACGCAAGGUCGAUGAGAUCUUGGUCCUCAUUUGCGGCCACGGAGGCAGAGACGACCGCUGCGGGCAGCUAGGCCCUAUACUCCGAGAAGAGUUUGAGGAGAAGCUACAACGACAGAACGUGGCUUUGAUCCACGAGGCUCCAGUGCCAGAGGCAGAGGAAGUCAAGACAGGAGUAGAGGGAUACGUGCCAACCGCGCGAGUGGGAAUGAUCAGCCAUGUUGGUGGACACAAAUGGGCGGGCAAUGUCAUAAUCUACAUCCCGCCUUCGUUCGCGACCAAUCCUUUGGCUGGCAAAGGGAUUUGGUAUGGAAGAGUCUCUCCAGAGCACGUCGAGGGCAUUGUGGGAAAGACGAUACUGGACGGCAAGGUCAUCAAGGAUCUCUUCAGAGGCGGCAUCGAUAAUAGUGGCGAGAUGAUAAGGCUGUGA